GAUUGUUUUUUAUAUAAGAUAUAACUCAGAGUGUUGGGACAGACAGCAUUAUUUGUUUAAAGUGUUUAUUCACUGAAGACAACCCAAGACUUCACCAUGAGAUUUUUCCUCCUUUUGACUUUAAUGGCAGUCUGCAUUUUCCUCACAAGUGCUAUCCAACCGUUUGGAAAAGGCUACAACAGUCACUGCAUGUGUUUGAAGCUGGAGUCCAGGGUGAUCCCACAACACAACCUGCGCAGUGUCGAAAUCUUUCCUAGAGGCUCUCACUGCAAGAAUACAGAGGUCAUUGCUGGCUUGGUGAGUGGAGAAAAGAUUUGCCUGAAUCCUCAGACUAUGUGGGUUAAGAAACUUAUCCGCUUCAUUGAGAAGAAAGAGAGAGUGAUAAAGACUGCAUAAAGAACAGCAAAAAAUGAAGAUGUUCAUCAAUGGGAGAUAAUAUGUAUAUAUCAAUGUAUGCAUAUAUCCAGAUCAAUCUGUGAAAAUAUAUAUUCUCUGGUCUGUUACUACUAGACUAUGAUUUCAUCAGCAACUUAAAUUAUUAACUUAAUGCAGUAUUUAUUUCUAAGAAUGUCAAAAAUGAUGGGCUUGCAAUUAGUAUGUGUUCUUAUAAUCUCUUCACACCACACAUCUACCUCCAGUUUUCACUAUGCUUGUUAUUAAUAACACAUCGGAUUAUAGUUGUUUUAAUCAAACUAGCUGAUUAAAAUAACUGAUUAUUUUAUUAUUUAUGUACAGAACCUAGUCACUAAGUUAAACAUAGAAACAAACAUUUAAAUGUCUGUAACCUUUACCAAUGAGUAACCUGCUAUACGAAAAUACAAGUUUUCAACUAAAAUGUGAAUAUUCAAACGACUGUAUUGUCAUAAUCACAUUCUCUUUUGCAAUCCUCAUUUCAUAUUCAUUGAAUCUAUUGUGCACAAAAAUAAAUAUAAUUAAAUUAGAAA